UAUCCAAUUCUUACUCAUAUAGCUCAGGAUUACCUUGCUAUACAAGGCUCCUCUGUACCUUGUGAGCAUGUGUUUUCAGGUGCAGGGCUUGUAGAUACAAAGCAGUGUAACCAACUUCUUCCAGAAACUUUUGAAGCAAUUGAAAUUCUUAAAACUCAUUAUUAUUCUCUUUGUAAAUAG